AUGGAGGUUGACGAGUGGAGGACGACGGCGAGGGAACGAGAGGAGCUCGUGGUGCAUGGUGGCGUCCGUGUGCAGAACUUGGAGUUGAGUACGAGCAGGGGCUUGACGAGGACGUGCAGAGGCGCGAGCGGCAAUGAGAGGAGCUCGUGGCGGGGCCGCGCGGCAGGAGGCCUUGCAGCAGGAGGUGGCGGAGACGAGCACGAACCAGGGCGAGUGGCGGCGCCCGCGUCGGAAGAAGGAGGCGAUGAGCUCGAGCAGGGGGGAGGGCGUCGCGCGGCCAUGGAGAGAGCAGCGGCGGCCGGCGGGGAGGUGCUCCACGCGGACGCGCGCGAGCAGGGGACAGUGACGGCCAAAUCAGGGAGCAGGGCUGGCGGCGCGCUGCGCUCGACGUGGAAGGGGCGGGGAGGAACGGCUUCCGGCGGGACAACAAGAGGAGGAGCUUGCAGUUGGGGCGUGCGGGGCCGUGGCGGCCAGGGCCAGGGCGCUCGGCGCCGUCCACCUCGCCGCGACAUUUCAACGAACACCGGCCGGGCGCGCGCGCCGUCCACCUGGCCGGUGCGGCGAGGGUGGUGGGGAGGGAGGCUGCGGACGCCGUCGUCUUUGCGAGGUGGCCGCGGGCCGCGUAGGCGUGGAGGAGCGCAGCGGUGGCGACGGCGUAGGUGGGCGGAGCGGCGGCGACAACGAGGUGGGCGGAGUGCCAAUGCUCGCAGAGAGAAAGAGGAGGGAAAGAAGGAGGCACCUGCUGCGGCGACACCGGCGAGCGGGCGGCGGCGGAUGGCGAGGCUGCGCGGCGUGGCUGCGUUGGCGGCGUCGGCGGCGUGGCGGCGUCUCUGCGUGCGUCGGCGGCGUCGUGGAAUUGGCGGGGGAUUUGGGGGAUUUGGGGGAAAUUUUGGCCCGCGCGCUAAGUGUAAACGAGGAGAAGACCCUUUGGUACCGGUUGGUACCACCAACCGAAUGCCAUCUGAUGGCAACACAAAACAGAGCUUCGUGCCGCUCCCUCCUGAUCCAAACGGCCGGGAUAAAAGCAUGGAUGCGCGCGACUGA